CGCCUGACCAAACACACCAAGUUCGUGCGAGACAUGAUCAGGGAGGUCUGUGGGUUCGCACCCUACGAGAGACGGGCCAUGGAGCUGCUGAAAGUUUCCAAAGAUAAACGUGCUCUGAAGUUCAUAAAGAAGCGGGUUGGCACCCACAUUCGGGCCAAGCGAAAGCGGGAAGAGCUCAGCAACGUCCUGGCGGCCAUGAGGAAAGCUGCUGCAAAGAAGGAUUGA